AUGACUCACAUUUUCAAUACAGUCCAGGAGUUAAUUGAGCUUAAAAAGAGAUAUAGGAGGGUUUUCUUUAUAUCCUUUGUGCUCGCUAUUGUCACUAUAAUAGCGAUUUUGAAAGAUCUUCAAAAUAGUGUUCAAGCUGAACAUGUUGAUGAUGUCUUGGAGUUUUGCAAGACAAGCACUAUCAAGCCACAUUAUUCUCCAGAUAGGAAAAGAAUUAACGAGAGAAAUGUUCUUUUCAAUCAUGAAUCUUUCUUACUUUCCAACGCUACCAUAAUUGAUGGUGAUGGUACAAUUUUGAAAGAUAUGGAUAUAUUGGUAAAAAACAGUACUAUUGUUCGCUUGGGGAAAAAGCUUCUGUUGACAGAAUCCUACUCUACGUUUCUUGAUUUGAACGGUAGUUUUGUUUCUCCAGGUUUGGUGGAUAUUCAUUCUCAUUUUGGAACAAGAGUACAGCCUCAAUUGAAAGCAACGGAAGAUACAAAUGAGUUCCUGGGACCUAUCACACCUUAUGUUAGAGCAAUUGAUGGCUUAGACCCACAAGACCCUGAGCUUGAAAGUCUAGUAGCCAGUGGUGUUACAUCCCAUUUAGUUUUGACAGGAAGCAGAAACUUGCUUAGUGGUGAAUCUUACGCCAUAAAAAUGCAUAGGUCGCCCAAUAAUCUUGUUGAUGAGCUUCUUAUUCAGUACAAUGCUAACAUUGGAGAGGACAAUAAACCAAUUCGUUGGUUCAAGAUGGCUUAUGGCGAAAACGAAAAGUCUAGCCAUGCACCAGGCUAUCCUGUGAGUAGAAUGGGAGAGGCCUGGGACUUGAGAAAGGUUUUUCAGGAGGGUCAAGCUUUAGUCCAGAAGCAAGAUGAAUGGUGUCGUAGUCCUCAAUUGCAGAAAACUGAAUAUCCAAGGGACUUUGAGCUCGAUAAUGUGGCAGCUAUACUUCGAGGUGAUUUCAAUAUUAACGUUCAUGUAUACGAAACUUAUGAUAUUGAGGCUCUAUUGAGAAUAGCUGAUGAAUUUGGUUUUCAUAUAGGAUCUUUUCAUCAUGCGCUAUCGAGUUGGAAAGUUCUUGAACUAUUGAAAAAUCACAACAGCUCUGUUGCAAUAUUUGCUGAUGAGUGGGGAAAGAAGAAGGAAAUGUCUGAAGGAACCGUCUAUGCACCUAAGAUAUUGUCCGACUAUGGAAUUCCUGUCUCGAUCAAGACAGAUCAUCCGGCUCUUCCUGGUCAAGAUCUUCUAUACUAUGCUCAGAUAGCACAUAGUUUUGGUCUUGCACCUGAAAAGGCUAUUUCUGCUAUUACUUCAGUUCCUGCUUUAACUAUGGGCAUGGGACAUCGGAUUGGUUAUGUCAGAGAAGGUUACGAUGCAGAUUUAGUUGUUUGGGAUAACCAUCCUUUAAUAUUGGGUGCAAAAGCUAAAGAGGUGUUGGUGGAUGGAAUUCCAAUUUUCAACUUUACAAAAAUCAGUGGAAAAGACAAAUAUGAGGUACCAAAGCAAAGGAAACAGCACCGGAACGAUGCCCAACACAAAGAACAUUUAUUAUUCUGGGCCUUGUCAACCGUAUUAGUGAUGAUUUAG